AUGGCUUGCACGUCGGUUUUGCGCCCAUGGGCAAGCUGGCAGAGGCCGCCCAUACAGUCCAUCCGAACGUGCCAGACAACAGACGUAGCACCCAGAUGUCCUGCAACGCCACAUUGCGCGAGAGCACUCGCGACAUUCACGCUGAUCAUGGGUCCUUGGAUGCAGCGCAGGUGCCAGUCACAGACUCAUAUGGAGACAGGACGCACGAGUGCCACCCGAGUCUGCGCCACGAAGAUCUCUACUGCCUUUAUUGUAGCUGGAGACCUCGCCAUCAGCCUCAUAAUCCCAAGCCUUGAAGUUGUUGUUCUUAAAAGCACCUGCGUCUACACACCUCUUUGGCUGAUAUUUGGAAGUGUUGGGACAACUGGCAUCUUUGCAGAAGUGAAGCACGGAGCAGUGUUGGCAAUUUGUUGGCUGAUCAGUGCUGCUUAUGCAAGAGCGUAUGACAAAGAGGCUUUAGAUGGUCAGGAUGUGCCGGAAUUGUUGUGGCGCUUGUUUCUUGCAGGCUUCCUAAAUGCCUGGUUAAUCUUUUUCUCAGUGUCCUUCAUGGGCCUGCUUGAACCAUUUAGCGAGGGCGAUACCUUGCGCUUGGGUAUACCCGCAGAUGUGUGGGGACCUGCUGGCUUCAAUGUUGACGUCAAAGUCUUUCGGCAGGUGGUGGAUGUGAAUGUGGACAUUGUUGCUGAAGCUCUGCUGCUGAACUCAUGGCACAUCUUCUGUGCUGGGGCAGAUGUGGGGGAAAUCUGGCGCCUGCUGCGGCGCCGAUUUGUUCCAUGA